GUUUUCCAGCUACGGGCCACUUGAAGCUAAUUUCCCGCUCCGACAAGUGAGUCAAUGGUUUCCAGGACGUGAUGUCUAUUGUUGUAGAUCGAAUACGACGCAUAGACGGCCAGCUCGACCGGGUGCCGCUGGUACAUCCCUCGAUCCAAGAUGGCAUACUCACCGGCCAGGACGCGAGGGCUGUGGCUUCUCCCCGAAUCACACAGCUACAGAAUAUAAUCAAAACUCUCUCGACAACGUCCUCAUCCACACCUCUGUUAUCCGCAUGGCGAAUUUCGGCACUCCUUGACAAAGUUGCUCUCUCAGAGAGGACAAAUGAAGUUGUGGAGGGCGAGGAAGUUGCUCAUGUGCAAUCAUAUGAAGAAGAAUUAGAAUGGCUUCUUGUCAGCAAAGCCACGGUGCAAACCUACGGCCUCCUCCUGAAUACUCUUUUGGAACAAACGAUACCUCUCAGUGACGAUAUCUGGUACUGGGACGAGGUUUUGGGAUCAUACACAUAUACGGGCCUCUACACAAUACAGACCUCUCCGUUGAGAGUUUGGUCUUGGAUGAAAGAUAUUUAUUACGAUGCGCAGACUCGGUUUGCACAACUUCGAGAGGCACCGGCCGACGCGAUAUCCGCUCGUGAGAUAGGGACAAGCCUGACGGAUAAAUGGAAGCAGUUCUACGACCUCGUUGGAGAGAGUAUAAGGGAAAGAUCGGUUGCGGACCUUCAGCGUCGUGUUUUAUCGCCAGUUGCUCUCUCUCGUACUCAAGCCAGACACAAUCAAGCAAGGUUGAAGAGGUUACGAGAGAUGAGUGCGAGUGGACUAGGUGUGCUCAUGGACGAAGGACUCAGUUUGGAUAUUAAUGAUGGGAGUAGUGACUCGGCCAAGAUAGAGGAGGCCGAUAAUCAGGAAUGGAAAGUAGUGGUGGAACGAAGCGUUGCUCUGAUGGAUACAGUGCUCCGCAAUGUGACGGCGCUUGAGACAGGAGUAUCUGACUUCGAAGACACAGUCUUUGCUAGUGUUGAGGAUGACCCGGAGCUCUCAUCAAGCGAAACUGAGGGGGCUGAUAGGAACCAGCCAGCAAAGCUAUCGAGGCGUCUUCAGCAUAUUCUUCAGACCCACAUACCGAACCACAUUGCAACAUCAAGGAAGCUGACUUCUGAGUAUGGUCGACCAUCGAGGCUUGUUCGAUAUUGGCUACCCGCCGGAGUUCUACUACUGUCAUCAACAACGAUCUUAAGGAUACUCGUUAAUAGGAAGGCUGAGAUUAUCACCUGGUUCAGAGACCUUAAUUCUACGAUCCGAGCCUUUUUGGUCAACUGGGUUGUUGAGCCUGCGAAGAAGGUGAUUGGCACAAUUCGCCACGAUCCAGAUAGCGAGGUUGCCAUCAUGAGCAAGGAAAGCUUAAAAGGGGAUAGAGACAGUCUCGAGCGGAUGGUAGUUGAUUUUGCUAUUGAUAACCCGGCAGCUGCAGAAGGUGGGGAUGGUGCCUUGACUGAAGCACAGAUUGCCGAGAUUAGAGCCAAGGUGAAAGAGGGCGAUCUCACACCGGUCUUGCGUGCAUAUGAAAAGGAUCUCCGGAAACCUUUUAAGGGUGCUGUUCGAGGUGACCUUAUACGAACUCUUCUGAUCCAGGUUCAAAAGACCAAGGUCGACGUGGAAGUUGCUAUCAGUGGCAUAGACGCGCUGCUGAAAAGCCAGGAGCUUCUAUUCGGAUUCUUCGGUCUGACACCAGGUGUGUUGGUCUGCUUUGCAGCCUUUCGAUAUCUCGGAGGAACAUUUGGCAACAAGAGAGGCUUGAGCAGGGACAAAAGGGUCGACCAAACAGUGCGAGCGCUACGAAACAUCGAUCGAAUUCUCACUCUGGCUACCCCCACCCAGAACAACUUACUGUCAUAUAAAGAUCACGGUUUGCUCCUGUGCGAAGUCCACGUCCUUCGAACACGUGCUCGUAGAUUAUUCCCCGGCGAGAUCGAGAGGGAGUUCCGGGAAGACGUCAGCGACCUCUGUAACAUAAACAGCGGCAUCCAGACGCAGCUCAAGGUCCUUGAGCGGAUAAGAUGGGGAUAUUCGAAGUGGCUGAAAUAAACCAAUAUAUAAACACUAUAUGAACCCUAAUAGAAAAUGUUUAUAUCCCAC